GGGUCCUGCCUGGGGGUGACGUGUACAACGAACGGAAGUGAAACUGCAUCGUUGACGUAGCGACAAAUAUUUUUGAGGCUACUAUAUUCAAGACAUUAGCACAGCUGUUUAAGAAAACAACAGAAACCAUGGAGACUCUGUAUCAUCAGACAAACAAGCAAAUCCAUGACGUCCAGUCUCAGAUGGGGCGACUGGAGAUGACGGACCGGCAAUCAGUCCACCUGCUGGAGAAUGAGCUGCAGGCACGCAUCGAUCAGAUCUUCAGCCACCUGGAGCGAUUGGAGAUCCUGGCCAGCAAGGAGCCGCCCAGCCGCAGACAGAAUGCCAAACUACGUGUGGACCAGCUGAAGUAUGACGUCCAGCAUCUGCAGACGGCCCUGAGGAACUUCCAGCACAGACGCUACGCCCGCGAGGCCCAGGACCGGGACAGAGAGGAGUUGAUGAGCAGAACCUUCACCACCAACGAUGCAGACACCUCCAUCCCCAUAGAUGAGACCCUUCAGCUGAACACCAAUCUGAACAACGCCCACAGAGGCAUGGAUGAUCUUUUGGGCAGUGGCUCCGGCAUCCUCAAUGGCCUGCGUGACCAGCGCGGCACACUUAAGGGCACCCACAAGAAGAUGCUGGAUGUAGCAAACAUGCUGGGCCUGUCCAACACCGUGAUGCGCUUGAUUGAGAAGAGGGCGUCGCAAGACAAGUUCAUUAUGGUGGGGGGAAUGCUGGUGACCUGCGUGGUUAUUUUCCUGGUGGUUAAAUACCUGCUCUGACCUGACCUCUGCCGCCUCACCUGACACUUGUUGACCUUGGAUCAUGACCACAAGCUCCGAACGCUAACGUUCCUGGUCAUGACACCCAAACGCCCUGCUUAAAAGGCUAUUGUGUCCUUUUAGCCCCCGGAACAUGGAUUUAAAGAGUUCAAACUGGGUUUAAAUGGAACAUUAUUGACACAGUUCCUUCACUGUGGGACAAGAGGACCUGGGGGUUUGCGUCAGUGGCUGAAUCUCUUAUUUCUUAGUCUUUCUUUCAUACCAAUCCCUCCUUUCUUUUUCUCGUCCUCUCUCUGAUAGUCUGUUUUCCCCCUCUUCUUUCCCCUAUUCUCAUCUGUCUUGAUACAGCACAACAGCACUGUGCUGCUAAGCAAAUGUUCUGCCCCAUGGUAAGACACUGACGGGCUCAAGGAAUAGAACCUGCCUAGCCAGCCACAGUGUGAACUAACAACUUAACUUGGACAUCCUGAAGAAAAACAGCCACUGGUUCACAUGGACCCACACUUAGGAACAGAAGAAGAAGUGGGAAGAAAGACUUCAUGCAAUUGGUUCUUGAAUAUACCAAUAAGAAAUGAAAGUACCACAUGACUCAUCCUCUGUACAUAACGCAUAGAAAGUGCCCCCUUCCUGUGUGUAACAAUAACAGAUUUAAACUGCCAUGGUUGUACUGUAACUCUUUUUGCAGGCCCUUCAUGAGGACUGAAGGGACGGUUUUUCUUUAGGGUGUAAAGUUGUUCACCUGCUUCUUACUGUCGGAUCAGCUCCUUGUGAGUCUGCUGCAGCCCCUAGCAUGGAAAGUGCUUCAUCACCAAGGGUCAUUUGGUUUGUUUAUAAUAAACAGUCUUCUCUA